AUGUCGGAGGCCGGACUAGCAGAGCGAAUCGACGCCAACAUCGCCGAGUUUUUUGCAUCAUGGAACAUCUGGACGACCAUUCUUGUGCUCGCCCUUGCAGCGUUCCUCAUCUACCCGCUGCUUACAGGCCGUGAACCAGACACUCACCCCUAUUUGCUCGCGAGGCAAGCACAGGUGGCACCCAUCCGUCAGUCAGGUGAGUCGGCCGUCUACCGCGCCAUCGACAUCCCCCAUGGUUAUCCUCUCCGUGCCGGUCUGGGUGUCAAAGAUCCGGGGACACCAAAGUGGAGUUCUGGCCGACCGGGGGAUCUGCGCGAUAUCUGGAGGACGGCAGUCCGUGGUGCGGUCAACGAAGAGGGCAAUCCGACGGGACAAAGAGGCAAGGUUUUGACAGUCCUCGGCCUGGAAAAGGUCAUCGAUCAUAAUUUCGAAGAUUUGACGCUCGGAAUUAAUGUCAUUGGCCAAUAUGUGAAGCGGAACAAUGGACAGUCUGUGGCCGUCUGCCUCUCCAACUCGGUGGAAUUGUUGUCUUCGAUUUUUGCUGGAUCAUUCUAUGGCUUCUCGACAAUUCUCCUCCCGUACGGCCUUCCGCCCGACAAGCUCAGCUCGCUUCUCUCCAAGGUUUCAGCCGACCAUCUGAUCGCGGAAGCCGGCACAUUGGACCUCGAAUCUCUGUCUUCGACCGCCAAAAGCAUCAAAAACAUCAUCUGGGUCACCCGGCCAGAAAAUAGGCAUAUGGACUGGGAGGACGAUUCUCCAGCAGGCUUUGCGGUCAGCUCGUGGCAGGAACUGGUGCAGAAGAACCAGAGACCUUCCAACUCAGAGGUAUUGCCUUUGGACAAAGAUUCCCAGGUCCCGCCGGUGUCGAUCUUCUGUCCGACAGCCACUGGAGGGUUUGACCUCGUCAAGUACACCUCAGAAAACCUCAUCUCUGGUACCGCUGCACUCUCCGCCACUCUACCACGCGCCCAGAAGCUCGGUCCGAACGACUCGUUCCUCCCAACCCUUCCUCUGACAGACAGCUACACUCUUUGCUGGACUUUUGCCGCCCUGUACUCCAAUGCGACGCUGGCACUUAACUCCGUUGCCGGAGACAACGUCGACCUCACCCAUGCCUCCUCACAGACGUCCCCGACAGUUGUCCUUGCUUCUCCCACCACGGUGCAGGCAUAUCUAUCCCACCCGAAUACAGCCCUCCCCAGCGGAUUGUCGAAGUAUAUGACCACACGCACUCUGCAGCAGGGGAAUCUCCCAACCAAACAGGCCACCGCUUUCGAUACCCUCUCGCACCUCCGCGUCCUCCUCAUCCCUCAAUCGGUCACCGCCCCGGCGUCAGCCCGUCUGUCGUCGUCCACACUGCAUAACAUUCGCACCCACUUCAAAUGCCGGAUUGGAUACGCCCUCACGAGUCCUUCCGUGGCCGGCGCGAUUGCCCAGACCAACAUCUUCGAUUAUCGUGACAAGGGCGACAAAGUGUGCUGCGUCGGCGCACCGCUGAGUAGUGUGGAGAUCAAUUUAGCCGGAGAGGAGCCCGCCAUGGGAUCGCGUACUCCGCGUGGAGCAACGGUUACGAUCAAGGGCCCUGCGGUGGUUGGUGGGAAGACAACUCUCGACGACGUCAAUGUGCAGAUCGACGAGGAUUAUACAUUGCUUCUUCUCUGA